UGCAUCCGCAUGAAUCAUUGAACCCCCUUCAUCGCCAGUGCAAGAUGAGUGCCGUGGAGACCGAGGAGGCCCAAAACCGGACCAGAUCGCGUUCCCACUUGGACAACACGAUGGCCAUUCGCCUGCUCCCUUUGCCCGUGCGCGCCCAACUUUGUGCCCACCUGGACGCCCUGGAUGUGUGGCAGCAGCUGGCCAGCGCAGUUAAACUCUAUCCGGAGCAAGUGGAGCAGAUCGAGGGGCAGAAGCAGCGAGGUCGCUCCGCAGCCAAUGAAUUCUUAAACAUUUGGGGCGGUCAGUACAAUCACACGGUGCAAACGCUCUUUGCUUUGUUCAAAAAAUUAAAGCUACACAAUGCCAUGCGGCUGAUCAAGGACUUUGUGAGCGAGGAUCUGCACAAGUAUAUUCCCAGGAGCAUGCCCACCAUCAGCGAGCUAAGGGCGCCACCCGAUUCCAGUGCAAAAGUGGACAAUGGGCCACCCUUUCCCUCCUCCUCGGGCGUCAGCAACUCGAACAACAAUCGCUCGAGCACCAGCAACGCAACGGAGGAGAUUCCCAGUUUGGAAUCUUUGGGGAACAUCCACAUUAGCACCGUUCAAAGGGCAGCCGAAUCCCUGCUGAAAAUAGACUACGAGGAGCUGGCCAACGCCACGGAUAGAUGGUGUCCCGAGAAUCGCCUGGGACAGGGCGGUUUUGGCGAUGUCUAUCGGGGGGAAUGGAAGCAACUGGAUGUGGCCAUCAAGGUGAUGAACUACAGGAACUACCCAAACAUCGACAAGAACCAAGUGGAACUGCAGCAGAGCUACAACGAGCUAAAGUAUCUGAAUACCAUUCGGCAUGACAAUAUUUUAGCGCUCUAUGGAUACAGCAUCAAUGGGGUGAAUCCCUGCCUAGUCUAUCAGCUGAUGAAGGGUGGCUCUUUGGAGAAUCGUUUAAGGGCGCACAAGGCCCAGCAGCCGCUGCCUGCGCUCACCUGGCAGCAGCGGUUCAGCAUCUGCCAUGGAACAGCCAGAGGCAUCUACUUCCUGCACACGGCGCGCAGCACUCCGCUCAUCCAUGGCGAUAUAAAGCCGGCAAAUAUCCUCCUGGAUCAAUGCUUGCAGCCCAAGAUUGGUGAUUUCGGUCUGGCGCGCGAGGGUCCCAAGUCCAUAGACGCUGUGAUGCAGGUGAAGAAGGUUUUUGGCACUAGGAUCUACCUGCCGCCGGAGUUCCGCAACUCCAAGCAGCUCAGCACAGGUGUGGAUGUCUACAGCUUCGGCAUUGUACUGCUGGAAGUGUUCACCGGACGCCAGGUGACGGAUCGACUGCCCAAGAAUGAUCUGCAGCAGGAUCUGCUGCACUACGUCAAGCAGCACUGGCGGCAGAACCGAUUGGAGCUGCUGGACAAGCAUGUGGCCACGCCGAUGGGCGAUGAACUGGCCAUGUGCAUGUGCACCAUUGCCGCGGGAUUGGACUGCACUGCAUUGGAUCCCUCGGAUCGACCUUCGAUGAAUGCGGUGCUCGACCGUUUUAAGCCAUUCCGCAAUGAUUUUGCCUAACAUUUAGAUACCUAAGUGCCUUGUUAUAGACGAACUUGAAACUCGAAGCACCAUUUGAACCAGCAGCUCACAAUAUUUCGCUUAUAAACCCUAUUUUGUGAUCAAUCGCAAUAUGAUAAUCAACUUUAAAAUAGAGGAAAACCCCUUAAAGACUAUUUGUUAUACAAAAAAUGUAAUUGUUUAAAGGAUUUUUGUAUUAAAACUUG